CCUGAUACGUCGGUCAGCCAUGACACGUGGAGAGCAGCUUAAUGUGCUUUUGUCUUGUUUAUUGACAUUUACAAGUCAGUGAGACAAGGAAUGUCGUCUGAAUGACAUGCUUGAAUGAUAACAGCCGUCAUAUGCUACUGAACUGAUAUGGUUAUAUUUGAAAGGAAACAAAGAACCCUUUGAGAAGGAGAGAGAAAAGCUGAAUGCUCCAUCUCAAAAGCAACUCAACAUCUUCAGCAAUGUUUUCUUGUGAAAUAGCGAAGAAGAAAAAGGUGGAAACUACAAGGAAGAAUUACCAGUGUAAAAUUUGCAAUAAAUCUUUUAAAUGCACUGCCAAACUUAUCAUACACGAAAGGAUACACACAGGAGAAAGACCUUUCCACUGUGAUAUUUGUGGUAAGAAAUUUAUCACAAAAUAUUAUCUGAAGGACCAUGUUCGAACUCACACUGGAGAGAAGCCAUUCGUAUGUAUGUACUGUGGUAAAUCGUUUGCAGUGAAGAGCAACUUAACGAAGCAUAAUCUCACACACACAGGAGAGAAACCUUAUCAUUGUGAAAUAUGUGGCAAAAGUUAUACAUGUAGUAAUCAUAUAGUUGAACAUAAACGUACCCAUACUGGUGAGAAACCUUACAGUUGUGAAUACUGUGGUAAGAAAUUUUCUCAAAACUGUAAUUUGAAUAUACAUAAACGAACACACACUGGCGAGAGACCUUAUCAUUGUGAGUACUGUGGUAAGAAUUUUGUUCAACAAAAGGAUUUAACUGGACACAGAUACACGCAUACGGGAGAAAAACCUUUUAGUUGUAUCUACUGCGGCACAGCUUUUGCUGAUAGAAGUUGCUUGAAAAAGCACAUACGAAUACACACUGGAGAAAGGCUCUUCCACUGUGAAGUUUGUGGGAAAAGCUUCAUGAUAAAAUAUGCAUUGAAGGUUCACAAAAGGAUACAUACUGGAGAGAAACCCUUCUCUUGUGAAGAAUGUAACAAGACAUUUUCACGUAAAGACCAAUUGAUAGCACACAAAAUUUUACAUACAGGGAAAAAGCCUUUCUGUUGCGAUUUUUGUGGCAAGACUUUCACAUAUCAUAGCUCCUUGAUCAAACACAGACACACGCAUUCAGGUGAAAAACCAUUCCACUGUGAAUAUUGUGGUAAAGCUUUUAUGACUAACUGCACGUUAAAACAGCACAAACGAACACACACGGGAGAAAAACCCUAUCAGUGUAAACACUGCACAAUGGUAUUUGCACAUAACAGUGCAUUAAGCAGACAUAAACAAAUUCAUCGAUGAAUACAUUCAAACAAAAUUCUGAUGAAAGAGAACUGAGCUUUUCUGGUGUGACAGUGGAUGUAGGUUUAUUUUGAUCAAGGGCUGUCAACUCUUGUUUGGUGUAGAAUGUGAGAGAUUGGAAAAAUAAGUGCACUUUUUGCUUUCUUGUUUUAGAAGCUUCUCUAUAAAGCUUAGAAAAACAAGCUAAUGGCAGAUGGGCUGUUGUUUAGGGGGUGUACAAACUAGAUUUUAUCUACCUGAAACCACCUGCAGCUGAUAAAGAAUUACAGUUUCUCAUACAUAAUACAGUACCAGGCUAAUUAUCUGGAAAAAUUGAUACUAGAAGUUUCUUGGAUUUCUGGAUUUUCUGGAGACAAGUCUAAAUAUAUACUUCAAAUAUAAAGUAAACUAUGCUAAGUAAAGAGCUAAAUUGCAUUUAACUGAUUCAAAUUAAUACACUUCUAAAGUAGGGUUUGUUUGAUAUUUAUUAAUCCACUUAAAAUCGUUAAAAUAAUAUUGUACUGUACCAUGUAUGCAAUAUUUUGUUAAGAUACAGGUUCAAAUUAAUACAAGUCUGAUGCAGAAUAUGUUUGAUCUUUAUCAGACCACUUAAAAACAUAAAGAACGAAAUGAUCUUUAACAGACCACAUGCAAAUUAACCAACUUCAGAAACAGGGUUUGUUUACUCAAUACAGGGUAUUGUAUAUAGCACAAUAUUCCUGAAAUUCUGGAAAUUCCUGAUUUCUGGAAGCAUGUUAAGAGGUCAGGUACUGUGUAUAUGUGUAUAAAUGUAUCUAUAUAUGUAUAUACCGAGAUGGUGGUUUGGGUAUUUUCCAUGGGUGUGAUGGUCACAUCCUUAAUAGAUUUAAGAAACAACUUAUUUCUACCUUCAGUCAAUUAGGCCUUAAAAUUACAGUAGCUACUUAUCUGUCUGUAGUUGAUUUUUUUCUAGAUGUUUCCCUAGACCUGAACUCUUCCUCAUAUAAACCUUUCCAUAAACCUAAUGAGAAACUCGUCCUAUAUACAUAAACAGUCUUGUCACCCCACUGUAAUUUUUUAAAACCCCACUUCUGUAAUAAUGCUUCAGCCAAUAAUGGAUUCAAAGAUAAAUUAAUAUAUAACCCCUCUAAUAUUAAUCAGGAUAAUGAUAGACCUAAAAAUAUGCCAAGAAAAGUUAUUUGGUUUGCCCCUCCCUUUUCCCUUAAUGUAAAAACUAACAUAAGUAAAAAGAUUUCUGUCUCUCCUAGACAAACACUUUCCAGCCACUCACAAAUACAGGAAAUUAUUUAUCAGGCAGUCUGUGAAAUUAUCAUAUAGCUGCUGCCUCAAUAUGAAGAGUAUCAUUACUCGAAGUCAAUUCCAAGAGCCUAUAUCCAGUUAUAACUGUUGGGAUCAAGGAUCCUGUCCACUUGGCCAAUGAUGCAUGAUUAAAUCUAUCAUAUAUGAGUCAGAAGAUACUGCAAUCCUAAAUAAUAAUACAACGGAUAAGAAGACCUAUAGUGGAUUAUGUGAAGGAGAAUUUAAAAAUUGCUAUGCCCAUCACAUAACCACCUUCCGACAUAAGGACAAAAGCAAAGCUACUAAGUUGGCUAGCUAUGUAUGGAGUUCGAAAGAUAAUGAAACACACACACACACACACACACAGAGCAAGCUUUCACUUUCCAUCUGCUAAGUGUACUAAAAAGACUUUGGUCAGCCCAAGGCUGUAGCAGAAGAUAUUACCCAAGUUGCAACACAGUGGGACUGAAUACAGACCCAUAUAGUUGCGAAAUGAACUUCUUCACCACACAGCUGUCUGUAUAAUAUUUAUAUGCAUACAUUACAUAUAUACAGGCCAAAGGCUUUUUGACAUAUUAGUCACUGCUGUAUAUACAAAAUCACAAUUUCUAAUACACACAGUGUGUCUAAUUUAUCUAUAAUUUAUUCAUUCAAAUAAGGCAGUCAAAUUAUAUUUGCACAAUUUAAAAACAUUAUUUAUCCUCGAAUUUAAUUAUUAUUUAAAAACAAAACAUAAUGUUCCUAAAUCUAGUCUUCAUUCAACUCUUUAAAUUCAUAGACUCAGAAGAAAGGACCAAAUCAACAACAGCCUGUAUUCAGUGGCUUCGUUUAAUUUACAAUCUCAAAAAGCAUUGAGUCCACACUGUAAAGUGGUUGGCAUUUGGAAAGGCAUCCAGCUGUAUAAAGUAGUUGGUAUUAAAAAGGCCAUCCAGCCUCUAAAAUCUGUACCAAAACAGACCUUGCCAGUGCUGGUGCCACGUAAAAUGCACUCGGUCCAUUCUGUAAGGUGGUUAGCAUUAGGAAGGGCAUCCAGCUGUAAAAUCCAUGCCAAAACAGACAGUGAAACCUGGUGCACUCUUCUGGCUUGCCAGCUUCUGUUAAACCGUCCAACCCAUGCCAGCAUGGAAAAUGGACAUUAAAUGAUGACGACGACAACAUAAACCUUGGAGAGUCACUUGAUUUUUUUUCCCCCCACUGUUUUACUCAUCUGUUUUAUAGUUCAGAAGCUAGUCUGCAAGAUAGUGAAUUGAUAAGACAUUAUUGUGUGGACAGAAGUGACCCCCAUAGGUUUUUUUAGUCUCCAGAGGCUAAGUACUCACCAGUUCCUUAUGUAUGUCAUAAUGUAACUAUAAUUAUACAGUAGGUCAGUCUUCCUUCAAUGCAUGUUCCUGUAAUUUUGUUAUACUAUGUCUGAUUGUUAAUUUCUCUCUAUGUCAGAGUGAUCCUGUUGCACCAUGGUCAGUUUCGAAAUUCAAUAAAAACAAUUUCUUGUGAUACGAUA